UCUUUGUCUUGUGAGAAUAGUGCAUUAUAAAAGAACAACACAAGAGAGUAGUAUAUUGCAAGGUCAAUAACUUCCCUCCCACAAAGAAUUGGUUUGGUAGUUAGUUGGUAUAACACAUCCCAUUUCCCUUAUUCCCUAUUCUCUCCUCUCUUCUUCCAUGGCACCUCCUCACAAGCUCAAUUCUCCCACGGGAAAUUCGAGUGUGACGUCGCAGGCUGAGAAUGGUUUUAUAAGUUCAUAUUCUCCAUUUUCUGAGAAAGCAGUGCAAGAGCUUCUUCAAUUACCAAUCCAGGGUUCUGAUGACCAUCUUAUAGAGUUCUCUGAAUCUUUAAGAACCGUCGCGAAGACCCUUAGGAAAGUUGCUGAAGGAAAAGCUGCUGCUCAAGCUGAGGCUGCUGAAUGGAAACGUAAAUAUGAGUUGGAGCGGACACGGAAUCUGCAGAUCGAAAAUAAAGGAAAAUCAUGCCUUGAGCAUCGGGCUGAUCUGGAUGACGUGAAGACAAAUAACUCCGCCAAACAAACUACAUUAUAUAAAGUUGAAGCUAACGGGAAGUCUGAAGAAUGUUAUUCAAGGAAUGGUAUUUGUUCCCAUGACGUCCUUAGGGAUGGGAACCCUCAUUCUGAUUCCAAGAUGCUCAGAAAGGCUUCUUUUAAACUUCAAUGGUGCUGCAAAGGCGAGCAAAGUGAUCAGCACAAGCAUGACAUUGUCUCUUUUGAAAGAGGAAACAUAACCACAGCAGAGCGCAGUAGUAAGCAGAUCUCUUUGAAAUGGGAGUCAUCCCCACAGACGGUGCUCAUAUUGACCAAACCAAAUUCGGAUUCAGUUAAAAUUCUGUGUGCUGAAAUGAUUAGAUGGUUGAGGCAGCAUAAGAAACUACAAGUAUAUGUGGAACCACGUGUCAAGGUCGACCUUCUUGAGGAGUCAUCAUACUUUAACUUUGUAGAAACAUGGAGUGAUGAUAAGGAAAUAUUGAGGCUGCACACUAAAGUUGACCUUGUGAUAACUCUUGGAGGAGAUGGCACUGUCCUAUGGACAGCGUCUAUGUUCAAAGGACCAGUGCCUCCUAUUGUCCCCUUUUCUUUAGGGUCUCUUGGAUUUAUGACUCCUUUCUAUAGUGAAAAUUACAAAGAGUGCCUUGAAUCAAUUUUAAAAGGCCCCAUUAGUAUUACAUUACGGCACCGUUUGAUAUGUCAUGUUAUACGAGAUGCAGCUAAAAAUGAAUUUGAAACUGAAGAACCUAUACUUGUUCUAAACGAGGUUACUAUUGAUCGUGGUAUAUCAUCUUAUCUCACAAAUUUGGAAUGUUACUGUGACAACUCCUUUGUCACACGUGUGCAAGGGGAUGGAUUAAUUUUAUCUACAACAUCCGGCAGUACUGCAUAUUCUUUGGCAGCUGGAGGAUCAAUGGUCCAUCCUCAGGUUCCGGGUAUUUUGUUUACGCCAAUUUGCCCACAUUCCCUAUCUUUUAGGCCACUGAUAUUGCCAGAGCAUGUGACUUUACGGGUGCAAAUACCAUUCAAUAGCAGAGGAUCUGCAUGGGCGUCAUUUGACGGCAAAGACAGGAAACAGUUAGCACCAGGAGAUGCAUUGGUUUGCAGCAUGGCACCCUGGCCUGUUCCUACAGCUUGUCAUGGAGAUUCUACUAGUGACUUCUUGCACAGCAUUCAUGAGGGUCUUCAUUGGAAUUUGAGAAAGACGCAGUCAUCUGAUGCUCCCCGUGAAGCAUGACUAUCUCACCGUCUCUCUUUUUUAUUGGCAGAAACUAUACUUGGAAAUUGACAUGUCAUUUGUGAAGAUAUACCAAACGGGGGUGUUGUAGAAACUAUAGAAGCAGCUAUAAUUCAGUGUACUUUUCUUCUUUGUAUUGUUGUAGUAAUAAAUAACUUAUUACAUAGUCCAUCGAUGAUGAUGAAAAUGUAGAGGUUGAACCGUGAUAUUGUAACUUAAAACUAUUGAAUCCAUACAUUCUUACAUUAAUAAACUUACAGAGUAUUUUCUCAA